AUGGACGGCGGUCACGGCGAGGGGAACGCGGGGGGAGAGGGAUUUGGGCGCGGAGCACGGGGAAGGGGUGGUCGGGGGGGAUUUCGCGGAUCUGGGGGAAGGGGAGGUGGAUUCGGCGGAAGGAGCGGGGGGGUUGGCGGAAGGCGAGGGGGAUUCGGACAUGGACAUGGGGGAGUAGAGGCGGGUGCAGGCAGGGGAGAUGGCGGGGGAGGAAACCGGGGGAGGGGCCGAGGGAGGGGGAGAGGCGGAAAGGAAGGGAACAACGUGCAGUUAGGAACCCAAACUACAUCUGCUAAUAACGACACGCAGCCGCUUGCAUCGAUGGCUACUAAUAUGAGCGCGGGGGUUCCCGAAUCCGCCGUUAUAGUCAACCCCGAUACUGUGACGACACGUGUAGCAGCUUCUUCUAUUAUCGCAACGGCGAAGCGAGUUGUAGUGGUCACUUCGGGAGGUGCAGGAUCGGGAGGUGCAGGAUCGGGAGGUGCAGGAUUGGGAGGUGCAGGAUCGGGAGGUGCAGGAUCGGGAGGUGCAGGAUUGGGAGGUGCAGGAUCGGGAGGUGCAGGAUCGCAAUCUGCGGAGGAGGAUAAGGCGGCGCGGAAGAGGAAGAAGAAAGAGAGGCAGAAAGAGAAGAAGGAGAUGAUGAAGAUGAUGCAAGAGAAGCAGGCGGGGGAUGCAGCCGGAGUGGGGAUGGAAGCAAUUGAGCAGCAGCAGCGAGCCGCAGAAGCUGAAAAGCCAGCUGUAUUGGCUGAAUCGACGGACACUGCAGAGGAGGACAAGGCGGCGACUUUUAAGACGCCUCAAAAUGCUGAAUUUGCGGAAGCUGUAGAGGAGGAUAAGGCUGCGCGGAAGAGGAAGAAGAGAGAGAGGCAGAAAGAGAAGAAGGAGAUGAUGAAGCAGAUGCAGGAGAAGCAGGCAGAGGAAGCAGCCGGAGUGGGGAAGGAAGCAAUUGAGCAGCAGCAGCGAGCCGCAGAAGCUGAAAGGCCAGCUGUAGUGGCUGAAUCUUCGGACGCUGCAGAGGGGGUUAAAGCGGCGGUUUUUACGGUGCCUCAAAAGUCUGAAUUCACGGAAGCUGCAGAGGAGGAUAACGCGGCGCGGAAGAAGAAAAAGAAAGAGAAGAAGGAGAUGAUGAAGAGGAUGCAGGAGAAGCAGGCGGAGGAAGCAGCAGCAGUAGCGAAAGACGCAAUCGAAACUAAGGCGCCUCAAAAGGCUGAAACUUCGGAAGCUGCAGAGGAGAAGGCGGCACGGAGGAAGGAGAAGAAGAGAGAGAAGAAAGAGAAGAAGAUGCAGGAGAAGCAAGCAAAGGAAGAAGCCGGA